AUGCGAGCCUUAUCUUCGCAGACGGGACCUCUGGGUACUGGCAGUAUUGCUUGCCACAAAGUGGCGGCUUUAGCUGCGGCAAGAAAGGGUGGCAUCAGCCCUCGCAUUGCACACGACUUGCCGACUGGUGCCAUUUGCCUCGACGUGCUCGGCAAGGAGUGGAGCCCUGCACUGACAAUUCGAACAGCGCUGUUAUCAAUUCAGGCACUACUGUCUUCUCCGGAACCAGAUGACCCUCAAGACGCAGAGGUUGCGGAGAUGUACAAGCACAAUCGAGAACUUUUUGUUCAGACUGCCAAAUACUGGACGGAGACUUUCGCCUGCGAGCAGAAAUCUUCCAAUGAUGAGAAGGUGCAGAAGAUCGUCGACAUGGGAUUUACACAGGAGCAGGCCAAGUCGGCUCUUGAGAAGCAUGGCUAUGACGAGACCACUGACUUUCCAAGAUCUGGCAAGUUUCAUGCUGCUUUGGAGAUGAGACAUGAUGCAGCAGAGUGGCUUAGCAAUACAGUGUGUUCUGGACCUGGGCUGUGCUGCAAAGGCCUCGUCGUUACCAACAUGGUAGUGACCCUAGCAGAACGAAAAGCCGCCCAGCGGGCAGAGACUCUGCAGGGCUUGGCUGUGGGCCUCCUCGCAGACCUCAAGGCAGCCUGUGGAACUGCGCACGAGCUUGGGCGCCGGCAGCUGACUUGGGGCACCGUCGUGCCGGGAGUAUUGGCCGGAAGCGAUGAGGACAUGGAUGACGUUCUGGCCAUGCUGGCAAGUCUCAUGGCAGAGGACAGAAAGAGCCUGGGCUUCCAGAAGAUCGAGUGGUGCAAAGCACAAGCGCCCACUCAGUGGGUUGAGCAGCCCUCCCGCUUCGGAUCUCACAUGCACAUUCGGGUGCACUGGAGUGAUGAAGACGGGGCCUACUUUCAUUGA